ACACCAAAAUCACCAGUAAAGUGUCAUCAUUGCUCGGGGGGCUUCUGCUUGAGAAGACUUGACCUCCAGAUUGAGACUUCAAUCUUCACCCAGACAAGAUCUUGAUACCAAAGGAUUUGUGCAGAAUGCAGAGCUUGGUGACUGUGUGCAGCCUUUUUUUACUCAUCUUUUCCGGCCGUGCACAUGUUGUGGAUGACUUUACGAAUGAGUGCAAGGAGUUCUUUUACAAAAACUUUGAGCCAAAGGGGCUGGGCUCCGAGAAUCAUGCCCACAUCUGCCAGUCUUACAGCAACAACUACUACUUUGCCACACUGUACGACACCUGCAAUCGCAUUCCUGUCUACUCUGCCUAUGUAUACCAGCCCACUACUGAAGCUCCCCAGAGCAGUCCUUGGCAUUUAGAGCCUCAGCUGAUCGACAGGACCUGGGAUAAAAACAUGAUGCGUAUUAAGGAGAUGAAGAAUACUUAUAAGAUCACUACAGCUUUAAUAGGAAAGUAUCAGGCUGUGGAAGAUGACUACAAGAACUCUGGUUACAGCCUUGGUCACCUCAACCCCAAAGGAUACCAUGGAGGUGAUGCCAGCAGAGCCACUUUCACCCUGACCAACGUGGUUCCACAAAAUAUUAAACUGAACGGACAACACUGGCAGCAGUAUGAGAACAAGCUCAAAACGAUAUUUGCAGAUUGCCACAAAACCUAUGUUCUGGUCGGUGCAGUUCCCUCUCAAGACAACUGGCUAAAGUAUAACAAUGCCAAUCGUGUCAACAUCCCUGAUUACAUGUGGCAAGCCUACUGCUGUGUGGACAACAACGACGUCCCCAUUAAGAGUGGUGCUGCAACAGCGAGGAACGACAAUAACCCGGUGCAGGAGUGCUCCCUGACAAGCCUUAAAAGUUUCUUACAUAAAUUCAACCAAAAUAGAGAACCUCCUGAGCUGUUUGCCAACUGCAAUGCACAGACCACCACUGAGGGAGAUUGUUCAGCUGUUAUCUCUUAAGUCAUACCAUAUUAGUAUGAAUUCUGUCAACUAACACAGUCGUAUGACCCUGAAAACUGAUCUUCCAUAUACAUGAUGUCUGUGUGUCAAUUUAAUCAGGUCUAACAACAUUAUAUUAUUCUGAGAAAUCAAGAAAUAAAAAGCAAUA